AUGGCUGCUCAAGAUGGUCCUGCAGGAAGAAAAGCAUUGCUGCCUAUCAGUUUCUUCAAGAUCAUUCUUAAAACUAAUCUUCAAACCCUUAAAAUACCCAAAAAGUUUACAGAGAGAUAUGGGGGUGGUCUGUCAAAUCCAGUGUUUUUGAAGCCUCGCCAUGGAACUGUAAGGGAAGUUUACUGGACAAAACAGAAUGGUGAGGUGUGGUUCCAAAAGGGUUGGAAGGAAUUUGCUGAAAAUUACUCUCUGGAUUAUGGGCACCUGGUGGUGUUUAAAUAUAAAGGGACUUCACAUUUUGAUGUACUCAUCCUUGAUCAAAGUGCCUUAGAAAUACACUAUCCUUCAUGUGACCAGAACCUUGAUUAUGAGAGUGAUGAUGAGGAAUCAGAUGAAAAUUUGGGUGAAUGGAAAGAUCAGAAGCCUAAUCAAAAGUCACCUUUACUUUCUCCUCAACCACAUAAGAAAAAGAGAGGUGAGAAUAGUGCAGCUCAAAGAAGUUCAUUGUCAUUGAAUCGGCCAAUGGGAGCUAGAGCUCAGGAAGUAGCUGAAGCAUUCAUCUCAUCCAAAUCCAAUCCUUUUUUCACUGUUACCAUAAGUUCUUAUGAUCUGGUACGACGUACUAAGGGUGUACCUGCUUUGGAAGGUUAUAUUGAGAAUAUUGACAAGUAUGUGAAGCUGAAGAUUGGGAAAAAACGAUCAUGGGAUGUGAAGUUGAUCUAUCGUCACACUGCUAAUGUUCGCAGGAUCUUGUCUGCUGGUUGGUCCUUGUUUGCAAGGGAAAGUGAAUUGCAACUGGAAGACGUUUGUGUCUUUGAACUCAUAAGCAGGAAGGAGGAGAAACCAAUUUUUCAAGUUCAUGUUUUCAAACGCCGUAAUUGACUUAUCUGCUUGGAACUUAGAGCUCUUGAUUUAUAACAAGACUACA